UCCGCUUUGACUCACAGACUCUUACUGAAGCUUCAGGAAGACUCUCUGGUUCCAGGUUCCUGUCAGUGUCUCCUCCGCUGGAUGUGUCUCAUGACUGCCCAGCCUUCCUGCUAAGCUAACUACCGGUUGAAGCUAACCUGGAAAGAAGGAGGAGGACCAGGAAGUGAAGAGAAGCAGCGAACAGCAGCAGCGAACGGCGGCGGUUGGUUUGUUACACACGCCUCGAGCGUCUCCCCCCCUCCGGGUCAGUUAGCAGAGUCUUGUUUGUCCUCAAUCCUGAGCGGAACCACCACCACUACAUUCACAGUGAGCUGCACUGCUUUUCCUCGGUUAGCUGGGGUAGUGUGUCCGUUUGCGGGAAGCCGUUGACGUUUCCUCUAAUAAUAAUAAAUAAAAAAAAAAAAGAAAAAGAUUUGAGGAAGAUGGCGACCAGCUCCGAGCGCAGUCCUCCUCCGUUCCCGGACUCCGAGGACCAAGAUGUGCUGGACACUGAAGAAGUGGGAGGCCGAGAUAGUGAUGAGGACGACGGGGAGGACCUCUUUAUGAGCUCGGUAUGUGUCGGGGGGGAGGUUUUGUUUUUACCUCAGAGGUAUUAGAGGAAAGAAAGCUUAGCUAACGUCAGCCGAGAGAGAGCUAAUGAGGCGCUUUGAGCCAAAACUUUGCAAAGGUAACAUUUAGCUCCUUUAAACGACGAAAAAACAGUUAAAUGUUGAUUUUUACACAAGCUUUUCAUCAUCUAACACGUUAAUAUAGUUUUCCACUCGAGACAUUUCCUGUAAAUGUGAGAGUCUUCUUCUUCAUGCUGUGAAUCUUCUCUAUCUAGCUCCAGUUUGUGUCUUUUUAAAGCUUGUAGUGAUCUUUGACUUUGCUGCAAACGCCCAUAGAUGUAUUGAUUUCUUCCUGAAAAAGUUGCAGUGUGUGUAACUGUGUCGCUGGGAUUGAACCAGGUCGAUUUGGAAACUGGAUGACACCAAAUGCAUCCAGUAGAGUUCCUAUUUGGCAUCUCUCUUCUGCUCAGGCCCGCAUUUGCCCAAAACAGCAACAGACUAAACCACUGCUCAUUGUUAAGGGUUAUAUCUCCAUGACAGUCCUUAAAACCAUGUUAAUGUGUGUUUUUAAACUCACAUUCACAGAUUUGAAUGAGCUGUAAAAAUGCUGGCUCGAGCAGCCUCCUGUCAUGUGAGUGAGCUGUGGUCACAUGGUCAGAACCCGGAUGUUUUCCUACAGUCAAAGUUCAGAGGAGAGAUUGGAAAGUUGCUGUCUUUUGAUUUUCUGCUGCUGGACUGAGCUGCUGCUGCUCCUGCUGCAAGGAAAGAAAGAAAAAAAACACCUUACUCAGCAGUUAGAGAUGUUACACUUAACAGAGCCCUGAGCUGAAGUCAUGUUUGAGCAGGCGGUGGUCAUUGGGAGAUGAGGAGUUGCCUUGUGCAAUAAAAAAGCAGCUCAGUUUGGACUUUAGCUGCACAAUAGUUUAACUUCUCAUUCACAUGUUUGUAUUUAGGUUACCUUGAUCUGCAGCUCUGCUCAUCCAUUUUAUCUAAAGCCAAAGGUUGCAGCUAUUUAUCUGUAAACUUUGCACAACUAUGACAAGCAUUAAACGUUAAGUGUUAACAUCAUUUUGUCUUAGCCAGUUUGUCUGAAUACAGCUAACUAACUUUGAAGCUCAUCCCUUUGGCCCCUGAUGCCCAUAUGAUAUAUUUUUUAACCAUAAAGGGGUAUCCUGGUGUAAAAUUAAUUUAGGGUCAAACACAUCAUAACACCGAGUUAGAAACCCCCUCAAGAGAUGAAUGUUGCAGACCGCUUGCUUCUCAAGUUAUACCAACUUGAGCAACAAACCUCAACCAAAAGGCCACUCUAUAGCCAAAUAAUGCUCAGAGCAGCACCUAACUUCAUCAACAGUACAUAUAGGGUCCCAGCCACAGUACUAGCCACCAAACAUCUUUUUAACUUUGCCUAAUUUCUUUAGCAAAGAGACUAAACACAACUCACCUACUCUCUUCUAGCAGCGGCUUGUUUGUAGCGAGACCUCGGGCCAGUCCAUUACGGACUGCUGUGGGGUGACGCAGCUCAAGGAAGAACAUUUAUGAUCAUUACUUUAUCAUUUCCUUGAAUUAUAAUCACCAUGUUAAUUAUUUUGCACUGCAGACGCGGUAGUUCUCCUGCCUUAGGGUGUCGGUCUGAUCGCAUUUCCAUGAAGAAAUGAAAAAACAAUAUAUUUUUUCCAUAUCAGUCGAUAUCGAUAUAUAUCACAAUAUAAAAAAUGAAAUUUAACAGUGCUUAUUGGUAGCAUGUCUUUUGCAAUGCAAUAAGCUACUGCAUCUGUGAGGUCUUUGUCGUGAGGCGUUGCGCUAGAGAAACUGGACUGAAUGGUCGGCUGUUUCGGCUGCACAGGCGCCGUGGGCUCCUUGCUCCACUCGGGGUUUGUAACCUUUUGGAAUGGGCGUGCUCGGCCGCGUGGCACUGCCUUAGGUGGUGAAAAAGAUUUGAGGUAUUCCCUGACUUUGCGAGAAUAUGUACUUGAUGUAAUUUGCAGUGCACACUUGCGUUCGUCUACAGAGCCGCACCCCAUGUUUUGUCUACGUCAGACUGUUUUGUUGACAAAAACCCUUAAAGUAAACAAAUUACCCACAAGAUUUCUUCAUGUGAUGGGAUCAUGUGUGCAGUGAGGCUCAUCAAUCAUACUGGAUAAGUACCAGAGCUCCAACUGCUGUAAAACUAACAGCAGGCACAUUAAGUUUUAUAUCUCAUCAUAUGUUGUACAGAUUUAGUGAGUGUGAAUCGAGAUGGCAGGACAAAGUGUGGAUCCAGAGAUGGCCAAUAAAACCUGUAACCUCCAACACAAAGACAGGCUGGUCUCCAAAGUGAUGAAUUCAAUACUGUCUGUGUAAUCUGUUUGGACUUUUGGCUCUCCGGAGGUUCUUUAUCCUUCCUCUUCACAGUUUGUCACUGUGAAACAGCAAUCUCACCUCUGUUAGUUUUGUGUACAGUUGUCUAGCCGAUGUAUGUUAUCUAAUCCCUUAAAGAUUUUAUUCUGCUUGUAUAACUGUUAAUCAGUCCACUUUUACAUAAUUGAAGCUAGUUAUUCUGUCUGCUCACCUGUUAUUCAAGCCGACUCUUACAACUCUUGAGCUUCAUGAUGCCAAUAAAUCCCCAUACACAGACAAUUUUACCUUAAAAACCUGUAAUGGAGCAACAGGAAAUCAGAUUUUCACACCGUAAGAGUGUGGUGAAGCAAAAAAGGUCACUGUGUGAGUAAAAUCCAGGCCUUUAAGAUUACUUUUUUCAACUUUUUAAACCUAUAACUUCACUUUUACUUUUGGUGUUUUUUCGUCCAAUACUUCUAGUAACUCUUUUAAACAUUUCUGAAUGCUUUAAUUUAAGACAUCAGGCGCAUAAGGACAGAAUAAAAUUCCUGUUACUCUGCUGCAUUUCUCUUACUGUGACUUUUAAUAAGGCCCCACAUUUUCUCCCAGUGGCUAUGUGUUAUAGCAGAUUAUUUCAGACUGUAGAAAACAAAAAUAGAAAAUCAGGGUUAUUCGUCAGCUCAGGGCAAACCCUCCAAACUUGAUGUGUAAGCCACCUGUUGGAACACCACAGAAAAAUUGCUUCAGGUCUGGUUUAAGGAUUACAUAAGUAUGAAGGCAGGUUACACAGUCAAACAAAAUCCUUUUUUAAAAUCUCCUGAAAAAAAAAAACUGUACUAGAGAACCUUGAUUAAAGUAAGAUUUAUUUCAAGACUUUUUCCUUCGAAAGCUGUGGUUUUACUUGAUUACUGAUUAGCAGUCAUUUUCAGCAUGACAUUGCUUUUCUUCAGUAGCAGAAUACAUAAUUUGUGAUUUCAGCAGUCUUGUUCUGGUAGUGAAAGUUGGUUUUCAGUUUUGUGUCAAGAUGAGGAAGAACGCUGUCACUCGAAAUAGUCAAACAACAAACAUGAGACCGCUCACUUGUAAAUCCAGGUCAGCGUGGAAAUAGGAAGCCACAGUCACCACACACAUCACACUCAGUAAAACUCACUGAACAAACAUUUUCAAAAAGUUUCUUUCGUUUUUUAAAAAUUAAUAAUACAAAAUACUUUGUUUUGUGGAAAUCUUGUGUCUAAUAAACAGUAACAAACAAAUUUUAUGAACAAUUGAUAGUGGAAAAUAGUGGUUGACAUAUCUCUUGCAGACCAUAAACAUGAUGGCCGUAAAGAAAAGGUAUCGCAAUGAGAAAAAGUUUAAACUUAUUAAUCCAACAUAUCCUGUUACACAACAUUAAGAGGUAUGCACUUCAGUGACCAAUUCAUUGGUUUGUUAAUAUACUAAGUAUUACACAAUUUACACAACAAUGCCAGUUUGGAUUGUCAAAAUGUAUGACCCUUUCUGUUUAUUUUAACUCUUGAUUUAAUAUUGUUUUAGUCAAGUAAAGACUAAAGUAGUGCAAUGUGAUCACAAUUAAAAAAGCUGGUUUGGGGAUUAAACAUAAAAAAGGAUACAAUUAAAAUUAAAUUAGAGAGAGCAGUGUAAAAACAGUCACAUAGUGCACCUACUGCAUUUUAUUGAUAUACACAACAAAAUGUUAUUAGUCAAACACAAAGCCUGUUAUUACUUCUAUCAGUUUCCUUUAAUGGUUUGACAACACUAUUUUUAUUUGAGGGAUCCUAAAAACUGUCUUUUGUUAUAUUCACCUCAAUAAAGAACAGCUGUGGAGAACAAUUUGUAUGGUGAUAAAUAUUGUAUCGUGAUAUGCUUCAUAUUGGGACGUGUGUCAUAUCAUGAUAUGUAUUGUAUCAUAUUGUGGCCUCUAUAUUGUGAUAUGUACAGUAUUAUGAUAUGCACUGUAUCAUGAUAGGCACCAUAUCAUGAUACGUAUCAUAUUGUGGCCUCUGUAUUGUGAUACGUGUUAUAUCGUGAUAUGCACUUUAUUGUGGCUUCUAUAUUGUGAUAUGUACUGUAUCAUGACAUGAAUUGUAUCAUGAUAUGUAUCAUAUUGUGGCCUCUGCAUCAUGAUAUGUAUCAUGUUUUGGUCUCUGCAUAAUGAUUUGUAUUGUAGCCUGAAGCUGUGGGAAAUACCAAGUACCAGAUGAACUGUAGGCAGAGCUUAACUUCAUGGCCUGCCUGGAGUACGCAAUGCUCAAUAUUUGCCCUUUUUUCAUUUCUCAUUAUGACAUUGUCUUUAUAAUUAAUCUGACAUUAGUUGAACCAGAGCCCUUUUUGAUAUUUUAUGAUUUUUUUUUUCCUCCUGUUUUUUCUAGAGCGACCCUCUACUAACAGAAAUGGACCCUCCACUAAGUGAUGUCAGCUCUCCACCGACCGAGAUAGACCCCACACUGCCACCAACCAGUCAGGCCAGUGAUGUUUUAAUGGAGCCCUUCGACCUGAACGAGCCUCCCGUGGACAUCAUGAGCGAGCCUGUCAGUGACAUCAUGAACGAACCCGCCGUGGACAUCAUGAGCGAGCCCGCCGUGGACAUCAUGAGCGAGCCUUUGAUUGAGCCCAUCAUAAGCCAAACAGAAAAAAUAGAGAGUGAAGUGACCAGCGAACCUUCAGAUGAUUUUGUCGACCUCACAAACAACAUCAUCGACUCUCCCGAUGACUCAGCCGCUGCUGAAAGUGCCGUUGCAGACGCAGCAAAAGACUCAACUGAAAUCGCUCUAGACGAACCCUCAGAAGAAUUUGUCGACAUAUUUGGAGGUGAAACUGAAGCACCGCAAGAGGAAGUUGUGGCGGCAGAUAUGGAAGCCGUAGAAACGGCCAUGGUUGAAAGUGAGGCGACCACCGGUGUUACAGAUCCACCCAGUGAUGAAAACACAGGAAGUGAUGCUGAACUGGAAGUAGAAGAAACUCCUGCUGCUCCAGUUAUUGAUUUAAGCGUUGAUUUGCCAGCCACUGAGACACAGCCGGCACCCAGCAAAGACACAUUCGUUGACCCGUUGGUCGACCUGCUCAGUGAUACCCCACCCGCUGCUGCUGCUGCUGCUGCUGCUCCUGAAGCCAAAAAAUCCACCCUCGCAACAAUCGAUCUGUUCGAAGAUGAGGGGAGCGACUUGUUCUCAGAGCCGCUGCAGACUAAACCUGCUAAGCAGCCACAGAAAAGCCUCUUUGGUGAAGCUGAUGAGGAUCUGUUUGGGGAGCCGCUGGGUGCCACCACAAAGAAAACCGUUAUUACAGAGCAGAAGGAGGUAUCUGUCACAACCAAAGCUGCUGUGGAAACUAGCGUCAUUGGGGGGCCUCUGCUGGACAGCAGUCCUGUGGAACCUGCCGAUAUUUUCACAGAGGAGGCCGUCACCACAGUGCCAAGCGUCACAGCCCCCAGCACGGUCAACUCCAAGACCAAUGGAGUCCACUCUGAAGAGGAGCCAGAUAUUUUUGCAGGUAAGACCGCCAAGUUUACAGGAUUUGAGGAUUUCAGGGUCUGAAGGGCGUUUGUAACAAAUGGCGUUUGUCACCCAAAGGACACUUAGCACUCACAAAGCAUUUAAGCAUUCCACGCUGUUUAUCCUCUUAUUCUAAUUAUAUUGGACUUUUGAGAUUUAUUUCACUCAAAAUCAACACGCGGCACAAGUGUCUGAACUUUGAGAUGAAAGUGUGACGGUUCAAUAUUUGGUUUCAGCGAGAAAGCAAAUAAAAAAAAAACCCUGAAGCAGAUAGCAUUGUUGUAAAACACCAGAUCAGCACAGUAGAGUAUAUUAGCAUGCUCUCAGUGCUUUAAGGACACAUAUUUGCCUUUUAUAGGACAGCGGAUGGUUAAAAGUGAACAGGAAAUGAGGAGGAGACAGAUGGUGGAUGAUACGGGACAAAGGUUAACAGACAGAGAUAUAAACUGGAUUCACUUUAGUCCAUUUGAAUCAGCUUUUAUUCUUCAAAAACACUUGUGAACUUCACUCUGCGAGAGACUCUCCUCAGUUGAAUUCCUCUUCAUUCAAACUUAACACCUAGUAUUACCCACAAUGCAACUGUUGAGCUGAAAGUGCGUUUGUAGAGUCAGGUUUGCCUUGGCUCUCGCAGCCUUCAGCAGAAGUGGAAGAUGGAAAACUCUGCAACUUUUUGAGUUUUUCAAACCUGCACCCCUCAGCAACUUUGACUCACGUUGCAUCAUACAAUGAUGCAAUCGAUGGUAUAAAAGCUGACUCUGCAGUGACUAAAGGCUUUACAGUGCACAAGCAGAGGACUCUUUCUUCACCGACUUGUAAAAAAUCAAGACAAAUAACCAAAGUCUGACAUCUUGAAAUGCUUGACUGGGAGCUGUUUGUGUCCGUACCCUGUGCUGACAGAUCAUCUGGACUGUGCACAGUGAAUUAGGAACUUGUGACUUCUGUUUGCAAAUGCCAGUCACAGAGUUAAACCAAAUUUAGAGAGAAGUAUGAAAGAUAGUUGUGGGUCCACAUGCAUGAACUUGCUCAUGUGCUGAGGUAAGACGCUUCAGUUUGAUUCACACAGAGACAUUUUGCUCUCUUUCGUUUGCUGUUCUCUGAAAAAACCACACAUGUGCACAAAAGGAGGAAGAAGAAUAAACUAUAUUAAACAGGCCUAAUAUAGUCUGAAUCACACCUGCGAGACACGUUAUGCAAUCCUGCACACAAUCAACACAGACUUCUCUGCAGUGUGCACAAGUCCAGAACUGACACUGAGAGACCCUACAGUUCAGAGGGUGGGGCGAGUGAGUCUGUCAUUGGGAUGUCUGCUUUGAAAUCCCCCUCCUGCCCAUGUGUCAGUGAGAAAGACACCAAAUCCCAUGGUGCACUUAAUGAAAAAUGUGUGCAAUGAAAUCAGUAACAUGACAAAGAAGUCUGAAAAUCACCUGUGGUUGUUCACUCUGUUUUAUUUCAUUCAACUCUUAGCAUAGAGAGCCCGUUCAUUUCUAUUUCCAACCACAGUAGCUGCAGAUGUAAACACACAGGGCCAGGGAGGACAGUCUCUUCAAAUGUCGGUGUAAUAACAUCUGAGAGCUUCUCUUUUCUCUUCCUCUCUUAACAGAAGCCACAGUGGAGCUUUCCCUCGACAGCCCGCGAGACGAGAGAAAGACGGAUGUGACAGCCAAACCGUCUGUGUCCGCCCCCUCCUCCCUGUCAGCUGCUGCCAGCAUGGCCAAGCCUCAGUCUGCUGCCCUGGAGGAGGUACACACACAUCAUAUACCAGAGUGAAAUUCCCACUAUGACUGCAACAGAGCAACAACUGUGAAAUGUUUUGAUUCAGGGCUUUGCUGUUGUGUUUUUCUGUCCUGAGUUUGAAGUCUUAGAGUUUUGAGUGAUUAUUAUCCAGGAGGGGAACAAAUCAAGACCUCAGGGUUCGGUUUGAUUCAGGGGUUGAAGAUCAUAGUACUGAUCACUAAGGCUGUCCUGAUACGAAAAUGAUGUCGGAUUUCGGUCCGAUAUCAGCAAAAAAACUAAUAUUGGAUUAUAUUGACCUGCAUCUAAAAUCUCCGAUAUCAGCACUCUGUUACAAGGAGUCCAUUCCAGACUCCACUCCAGCACCUCUAUCUAGCAGCGCCCUGAUCCAGCAUGCAGAGCCCAUGUGAUCACAACAACAGUGUGUACUAAGAUACAAAGUACCAAGGAGUAGGAGUGAUGUCGGCUGUGUGGUAGUACUUCUCAUUUAAGUCGAGAAAGACAUUACAGCUGAGUGCAAAACCUGUCAUGCACAAGUUUGGGCUAAUAUUGGAUCAAUAUCGGUAUUGGUGAUACUGAAGGCUACAAUACUGGUAUAGUAUCGGAGGUAAAAAAGUUGUAUCGGGACACCCCUACUGAUCACAAAGGCUCACUCAUAAUACAGGACUUGGAAGAGGUUUUUAAACGUUGUUUUCACGUUAAAUUAUUCAUAAUGAAAAUGCUGACUCACUCGACUCAAAUCAGGAAUCGACUCUCCUCUCUACCUCUUUACUUUAUCCCUUCAUCCAUAAAGGCGUGUUGAGGCAACUUUGUAUGCAGACUGUGCCGCAUUAUUUGGCUCGUGCUGUGGUUUUUCUUCCAUCUCCCCUUUGCUCACACUUUGGGAGCAUGCAGGAAUGGGCUGACACAGACAAACAAACAGGCAUCUCUCUUAGACUCGUAUUGAUUUAAAGCUGAGUCGAGUUGUUGCAACUUUAUAUAACUUCUCGUACACCUGUCUGACUUGUGUAUUGGUAGUUUGCACUCGCUUUUUCACGCUAAUGUAGCAUCUCAUCGGAGCGAACAUGACAUAAUUACAUACUCUGUUCAAACUGGAGGUGUGUGGCUGCGCCAGGACUAUCAUACUGACUUCCACUUUGUUUGUUUCAGUUGCAAGAAGAGGAAGAGGAGGAGCAUGACAAAUUUGACAUAUUUGUCUCUGUGAAAGACCCCGAGAAAAUAGGUGAGACUAAUGACAGUUAAAAGGAAGCGACGUCUCCUCUGAGGCGCUGAAGCUCGUGAAAAUAAUAAAUGUCAAUCAGCCGUAAAAGAGACACACAGAGUGCUGCAUCUCGCUGAAUGUUUCCUUUUUUUUCCAGGGGAUGGGAUGACUGCCUACAUGGCCUACAAAGUGGCCACAGAGGUAAAACCAACAUCCCUUUAUUUUUUUAUUUAAAUUGAUCUGAAAUCGUUCAUUUCCUGUUUGAAGGUCAGUGCAGAUACUCAUUAGGUACAGACGAUAACAGCAGACCCAAAGAAGAAGAAAUACAGAGCUGAGUUUUCUGGAAGACACGCCUACCAGCUGCUCAAAUUCGAUCACAGUUUGCCAAACUAACAUCUGCUGGUUCCGUGAAAUCCAAUCAUGAAACCCUAACAGGAUUGUGUGAAUUUGUGUCUCAGACCACACUGCCCAUGUUCCGCAAUAAGAACCUCACAGUGAGGAGACGUUUCAGCGACUUCCUCGGCCUUUACGAGAAGCUCUCAGAAAAACAUGGACCAAACGGAUACAUCGUGCCUCCUCCGCCAGAGAAGAGCAUCCUGGGUAAGUCUGAUGAGCUUCACUGUUCACCGCAAAUACCGCAGCUUUUAGUCUCCAUCAGCUAUAAGAAGGGAUGCUGUCUUGUGCAGGUAUGACAAAGGUGAAGGUGGGGAAGGAAGAUUCCUCGUCUGCUGACUUUGUGGAGAGAAGAAGAGGCGCCUUGGAGAGGUAAGAGAAAACAAAACGUUAGCAUUGAGAUGAAGUUGUCGUUGUUGUUUUCUUCUGCUUCAUCUGGGUCCGGGUCGUGGGAGCAGCAGCAACCUCAGCUGACUCCUCUCAAUGUGGAGGAGCAGCAGUUCUACUCUGAGCGCCUCCCGAUGAGAUGAAGUUACAAAAACAAUUAUUUUAGUAAAAAUAAACCUUUAAAACAUCAAACUUCCAACACUUCUUAUUGUCUGUUUAACAGGUAUCUCCAGAGGGUGGUAAAUCACCCGUCACUUAUCCAAGAUCCUGACGUCAGAGAGUUUCUGGAGAGAGAAGAUGUAAGCCUCACAUCCUCACUACGACACAUCUGCUGAUUGAAUCAUCUACAUUUCAUUGAGACAUCUGUUGUCCGAUUGAGGAGCCGGUGUCAGUUUCCCUCUGCCCACCUGGAGUUUUACCGUCUUUGUUUGUUUGUGGUUGUUUUCUUUUUAGUUGCCGAGAGCUGUGAGCACCCAGGCUCUGAGCGGCGCCGGCUUCCUGAAAAUGCUCAACAAAGCAACAGAUGCUGUCAGUAAAAUGACCAUCAAGAUGAAUGAGUCAGAUGUGGUGAGUUCACUCCUGCUGUUUACAACAGUUCGAAUUACCAGGAAGCUCUGAUGCAUGAAAAUGAGUAAAUGACCGACAAUCUGUGAGUCAAUCAGGGAGAAAUCUUCAUCCUGGAGGUCAGAACUCUGAUUUCUAUGAAAGAAAAGUUGAAAACUUUAGACCAACUGGAUGGUAGGAAUUGAAAUUUCUGCUUACAUGACUGGGAAACUGGUCUCAGCCCAUAAUGUCAACAACACACAAGGUUGACAUCAAACACUGAGGGUGGGGUGAUCAUGGUUGGUGUUUGUUCGCCUCAUCAUUAAAUAUUAAACUAAAAUUAAAUAAAAGCAGAUACACUCCAGUAGAAAGUUAGUUUUGAUACACCGCACCAUCAGCGAAUGAUCUAGUGUGCGUGAGACUCUCCUGAUGUUGACUGUCUCCCUCACUGCUGAAGAAGAAAGUCAACAAUGUGGGGAAAUGAGAGACAGACAGUGGGAGGAUAAAGUGGAGUGUGUGCAGGUAUGUGGGGGAUGAAGAGAGUGAAGUAAAAACUGAUGAGAGUGAUGCAGAUUUUCAGCUGUGAAAGUGUUCAAACAGAGGCAUCAACUUCCCUCCUGACUUUGCUUAAAGAAACCAAGAAAACAUGCUUCACAGGGUUCCUACGCAAGAAUGGAAAGUAUGGAAAAAUAUGGAAAUAAAUGUUAUAAAUUUCCAGGCCUUAAAAAGUAUGGAAAAAUAUUGAUGUUUCCAGACUAUUACCACAGUUCUAAAAUACUCUUUUCUAAAAUUGAAAAGUAGGAAAAGUAGGAAAUUCCACCUGUGUGGGAACCCUGUCUUCAGCGUUCACCUUUACUUCCAUGUGAACAAGAGUCAGCGAUCCUCUAAGAAGUCUUUUUCGGCGGUCUUGGUUUGUGAGCUUUGAGACUAAUUUCACACCUGGUCUGAGUUCAAAGUGCCACAAACAAGCAAACAAUAAGCUUAGCUUAUUAUCUUCAAAUCAGUGUUUAUUCCCGCAGAUUAAAGGCCAAAGAUCUUAAGUGGUUUUCCCGGCUUAAACGCUCUUUGGUAGGCCCUGUUUACACCUGCUGUUGAUGUGCAGGGAGCAUUCAGGUCACCAGGGGACAGUCACAAGUGGGCACGUGAUCAAACCCAGACACCUGAUGACUUGGACCACACUUAGAGGUGACCUGGUGUGCACUUGAAGUGUGUGGGAGUGUUUUUAUCCAGGACUACAAAGUCUCUGUGGCCAUAAAAAGACCAGAAACAGAUCUGGGAGUCUUUGUCUGCCACCUCUGCGUGAAAUAUUUCGCUGUGGUUAUUAUUUCCAGUCAUUUCCAAUUGUGCAAAUCAACUGUACACAUUCAAGCAGGGUCUGCACAUAUAAACAGACCACAGGCAGAGACUAGGCAGCAGCACAGAAGGUCCAGGAUCACAGAAAUUCAAAAUAAAAAUAAUAUCUUCAUCAAAUUCUUGACAUGAUGGGUUUAAAAGAAGGAGACUUGAAGACUUGAUUCUGUGUUUUUGUGCUGCAGUGGUUCGAGGAGAAGCUGCAGGAGGUGGAGUCUGCAGACCAACACUUCAGAAAGCUCCAUGCUCUGGUGGAGUCUCUGGUCCUCCACAGAAAAGGUCAGUCAUCUGUAGAACUCAGAGAAAAGGUUCUUGGCUGAAUGUUAAUGGAGCGGGGAUCAGAAUCUUAGGAAAGCAGUGUUACCAAAGCUGAGUCUGUGCUCUACCUUUGUUAAAAAACUAAGUCCUGGAUCUCUUACCCAGCAUGCAGAUGAAUUAAACCAACUCUCUCUAAAGCCUAAAUGGAUUAGAAGUCGCACUGAUUAUUUCUCCGGCCCUUCUCCCCCAGAGCUUUCGUUAAACACUGCCAGCUUUGCAAAAAGCGCGGCCAUGCUGGGCAGCGCGGAGGACAACACGGCUCUGUCCCGGGCUCUCUCUCAGCUGUCUGAGGUGGAGGACAAGAUCGAGCAGCUGCAUCAGGACCAGGCGGCCAACGACACCUUCAACUUUGCAGAAGUCAUCGCGGAUUACCUCCGUCUGCUGGGAGCCGUGAGGGUACGGAGAGAAAUCAGUUUGGCUUAUUCUGCAUUAGAAAUUUAAACUGAGGAGGACUGAGGCUGCAAAUAACCGUGCAUUUCUCUACAACAAGCAAAACGUCACAUCUGUGUGAUGCAGUUUCUUUAUCGGUUUCUUGGCUUAAGCAAAUAUCCAAAUGUAAACAAGAUGAAAUCCUGACCUGCAGGGGUCGUUUGAUCACCGGAUGAAGGCGUGGCAGCGCUGGCAGGAUGCUCAGGCGGCGCUGCAGAAGAAGAGGGAGACCGAGGCCAAACUGCUGUGGGCCAACAAGCCGGACAAGCUGCAGCUGGCCAAAGAGGAGAUCGCUGAGGUACGACACGGGCCAAAAGCAACAGAGUGAAAAUAAGCCAGAACAAGGGGAGGGCGCUGGGGUUUGGCCUGUUUUCUUACAAGAUUGAGAAGGUUGAAUUAAACACUUGAAGAGCCGGCACAGUUUUAUUAAUGCAAGACUUUUAACUUCUGUUUUUGUUGACAGUGGGAGGCCAAAGUGACGCAGUACGAGAGAGAUUUCGAACGAGUUUCUGCAACUGUUCGCAAGGAAGUCGUCCGUUUUGAGGUACCGGUGUUUAUCCUUUUUGUCGUUAUGAUACAUGAGAGCUGAAAAUAAGAGUUUGUUUAACUCUGAGUUUGUUUUGAUUUGAUCCUAACAGAAAGAAAAGGCCAAGAAUUUCAAACAACAAGUCAUCAAGUACUUGGAGGCUCUGCUUCAGUCUCAGCAACAGGUGAGUGUCUCUGCAGUCGAACAGGAAUUUUCUGAUAUUUCACAUCCAUGGCAUCGUCAUUGUUCUGACUGUUUCAUACACUUGCGUGAAUGCUGCAGUUUCUCAGGUUAGACUGAAAAUAUCUAUCUGAAAGGGACAAAAAAGAAAAACAGACAAGGCCACAGAUGUGUUUUUAUAAAAUAUUUAAGGAAACCAGAUUAUAAAUUGGAGUAUUUGAGUAAAAGAAUCAAAAUGACACAAAAAGUGAGGAUUAGUUCUUUGGUUUGUUGAUCUUAAAGUUAAAUACAUAAUCUUCAGUUGUUGAAGAUGUACAGCGAAGGCAGUCUCAUCAUUUUUUAUACACAAGGAGAAUCUACUAGAUUUAUUUUUCUUGAUAAAACUAUCCUGUAGUUCUCUGUCAGUGAAGUACGAGAGCCCUGAAGGUCUCAGCAUUCAUACUUUGAAAAAUAAACUUUCAGUGAACACAAAGAAAAGGAUUCUCAUGUGUUAUUAAAGGCUGAAGUAGUCACAAAAAUGACAAAAAUUUCACACAAAUAAAAUAGAUUUUAUUUUAACAGCUAAAACAUCAUGUUGCCGAAAAAAAAUCACAGAAUUAUUUCACACAAAAUAACUUUAAAAAACAUGAAAAGCAUAAAAUAUUUCUAAUGUACUAAUGGAAAUUUUUAAUAUUUUGUCGAAUUUUUUUGACAAUUUCAUAGAAUAUUUUUAAGUUCUGUAAAACCUUUGUUAUAAAAUUGUUAUUUUGCUUUUAGAAUUUUUUUAUUUUAUUUUCAGAAUUUUUAUUUAUUUAUUUUUUUAACAUUUUGUAAAUAUUUUUGGUGUUUGAUGGGGAAAAAAAACAUUUAAUAUGAACCCACCUCUUAUCAUAAGCUCAUUUGCAAAGCCUUAUCAAUGCAUCUAGAUGAUAGUAUAGCAACCCUUAUGAGUAAGCAUUUAUACCAGUUUAUUGCAACAUUAAUGAAGUGUAAUAAGGAGUGAGAAUAAUUCUUAAUUAAUUAUUUACUCUACAUGUGAUUGAAUAUUUGAUUGUUUUGUCUUUUCUGCUUAGGAAAAGUUUGUGCAGCUGACCUUCAGGGCCUGUACUGAAUCAGAGCCACAGAUUGAAAUCAGACUUUAGUUCACUGCCAAAAACAUGCAAAGAAUCUGUCUUCAUUCAAAAACAACAAACACAGAAAUCAAAUAGAACAAUAGAGAGCUUAUAAAUGCAGAAACUGCUGCUGUGGAAGAGCAGAACUAGAGUCAGAGGAAAUAAAUGAGAAAGGAUAAAAGACGAAACUCUCGAGACGUAAUCUUUGCUUCUCGUCCGUCCAUGAUGAGUCACCCUUACGCUGUUGUCUCUUUUCUUUUGCAGCUGAUCAAAUACUGGGAGGCUUUCUUACCAGAAGCAAAAGCAAUCGCCUAAUCUCGGAGCACCAGCCUUUAGGACGCUGAACAGGCUGCCUUUUUCUUAUACACUUUACCUCUUGCCUUUAAACCAAGGAGAAUGCAUAUUGUAAAGGGAGAUACAAUCAGCCAGUUUUUUAAUCACCUUUAACAUAUAGCUCUGUAUUCUAUUGUAUUAAUAAUUGUAUAUUUUCAUUUAACCUUUCACAAAUAUUUUCUUAUUAGAUGAAAAAAAAAAAAAAGAGUUUGCGUAUACAAAGAUAUGGACGCGCGAUAAAGAGAAAAGCAUAGAGAGGAAUUAUUCUGUUGUUUUCCACCAGAGAAGGGAAAUUAAAGCGAGUCGGUUGAUCUCAGGAUUUUCUCCCUCGUGUGAUCAGGAUCUCCUUUUACAUCAGCAGUGGUUCAUUGUUUACAGCGGCUGCGCUCUCAUCAAAUCUUUCCGGGGACCCAGAUGUAGAAAGCAGUCAGAAGUCGUCUCACUCUGUUUAUUUUUUUUAAUGACUCAAAGGGAUAAAAGAAAAAAGAAUGAAAACGAAUAAUGAGCACUUCCACCAGGUGGAUAAAGUACUUAAUUACCAGCCAUGUUUCUUUAUUUUCUUUCACUUUAAAAAAAUCAUGUCGAUGCUGAGGAGGAGGGGGAGGGGCUGCGGGGUUUUGAGAGGCAUUAGAUCAGCAGGGGUCAAAGGUCGCAUCGUAGGUCAAGCUCAUGAGUUAAAUGUUUUAGAUGAUGACUUCAAUCUUUGUGCAAACUCUAACUACACAUGUCUGUGCCUUUUCAGUCAGAGCGGUGAAUUUGGAUAGAGCUCGGUUUGGGAGGAAGUCAUGCACAGUGUGCUGAGCAGUGCAGCGGCCUGAACUGUUACUUCCACUACAGCCAUAAUAUAGAAUAAUAAUGAUUGUCGAAGCUGAGAUUGUAGAGAAUAACGCUGGUUUUUUCACGUUUGAGCCCAUUUACUACAAACCAUCUUUGCUGUCAUCUUCAUUUCUCGCUUUUUGUGUCUUUACCUGCAGAGAUUUGAGACGUUACUGUAAACGGCAUGUCUGUCAAAGUUGCACCGUUACUUUAAGGGGAAGCAUCUAGAUUAAAGCUGCUAUAGGGAACUUUUGUCCAUGGCAAGUUUGGCGCCCCCUGUGAACAAAGAUGAACACAUUCACGCCUUACCUGUACAAACUUAAAGCUCCUGAAGAUGAUAAAUGAAAUAGACUGAAAUUCAUAUUGAUGUUUUUUCAUGGUACACAAAGGUAAACAAGACCAUCAGUGACAAGACUGGAGAAUUUUGUCUGGUCAUUUUGAAUGCCUGAAACUUGCAUGAGGGUUUGGGUGUCAGUCGAGCACUUAAAGAAAGAGACAUGUUCACAAUAAGUGAUCGAUUUCACCAUAAAAAAUUAGAGAUUUUUAGUCAAAGUCAAUAAUCAGGAUUUUUGAGGUAAAAACUGAUUUGUCCACAGGGGGCGCCAAAAUGGACACAAACUGAAAAAUCCUCACAGGAGCUUUAAGUUGUCAUUCACAACAAAAAGAAUCUCAUUUGGCGCUCUGAUUGAGGUCAAACAGUUUCAGUAAAAGGCUGUUUAUGCAGCGUGCUCUCAGUUACCUGGGUUGACACCUACCUACAACGCUGAACUUGUUGACCUUGUUAUUUAUGGUCUUGUUCGCUUUCAAGUUUUAAACUUCUCAGAGGUGUCUCAAGGGCGCUGCCAUGUCAAAUUAAUCACAAAAUAAUGAGUCAAGUACGCGGUUUUUCAGAGUCUGAUACUGACAGUUAUAUCGGGCCUUGAGGUCACGUUUGAGACCAAUUACAGCAUUAUGGAGCUUUUUUUACAUUACAUUUUUUUGUUAGUUUCUCAUGUUGAAUAUUUUGAAUUCUCUAUAAAACAGGAACAUAAGCUGUAGAUUUAAUAUUCUUCCAACUAAAAUUAGUCUGCAGAUGUUGUCAGAGGAAGGGAAUGUAUAGAACACGCUUGUUUAACCUGUAAAAUUCACAAACUGUACCAAGAUAAUGGAUGUAAACUGAGCUGUAUUAACAAAAUAAAAAAAGGACCUUUAUUUUGAAGGAUGAAAAUAGCUCACCCUAGUGUAUGACUCGGUAGAAUCAAGGAGUAUGAGGCUGUUUUUUUUUCAUUAAAAAGGAUAAAUAAUCAUAAAUCAAAGAACUUAUCUGUAUGAGAUUUGUAGAAAAUGGGCUUCAAUAGUGGAAAUCAGUCCAGGAUGGUGCUGGUUCUGUUUCUGGGUUAAUGUCGAGAACUCCUCCUGAUUUAUACUGAACCUAAAUCUUCCCAGGAGCCUCAGCUUGUGUUCGAAAUGCUGUUUUAUUUUUCAACAUCAAACCUGCAUCACCUUUUUGUUCAAUUCCAGCUUGAAUUUCGCUCGCUCUAAUUCAAACCAUGCAGUGAGGAGCUGCACUGUGUCGUCUGUCGUCAUCGUCACUUAACCUGCAGACUGUUCUGUUCUGUUCUGUGUACCUUUUUGAAAUUGUUUUACGUUUGGACAUUUAGACGCUCGCCUGUCUCUCAGCUGUGUUCAGACAGCAGUCACAUGAAUGUGGUUGUCGGUGCGGCUCAUACUGUUCGUCGUCAUCUUUCGUCAAUGUGCAGAGCAAUGUCAGCAACGCGCACUGUGUCAGAAAUCUCUUCUAAAACAAAUCAAUAAAAGUUGCACUGUUUACACUUGGAAAUUUCA